AUGUAUUUAUCUUUUAUUAUUUUUUUAUUUAUACUUUCAAAAAUAAACAAUACAUUAAAUAUUAAAAAGAAAAUGAAUGUUUUAAAAACAUUUUAUUUUCUUAACACGAACUUACAUAAAAAAAAAUUAUUUUUAACUUACUUAACUAAAAAAGAAUCAAGUCGUCAUGAAAUAUAUAAAAAAAGAUUUGAGAGGCAACUAAAAGAUGCGUUACAAUCAAUUUUUUAUAAACAAGGUAUGAAAUUAAAUUAUAAAUAUCGUAUUGACGAAGAUAUAAUAGAAGGAAUAAGUGUUUAUAAAGUUGAAUUAAGUAAUGAUUGUUCUGUUGCUAAAGUUUUUAUAGAAAUUAUGGGGGACUCCAUCGAUUCUAGACAAGGAUAUAUUUGGAUAAAAAAAAAUGCCAAAAGUAUCCGCUACAAAUUAGCUCAAUUAAUUAGAAACAGGAAAAGAGUUCCCUUUUUAAAUUUUGUUUUAAGUAAUUUAAGUGAGCAGACACAAUUAUUUUGUGAGAUAGAAAAUAUAAAAGAAUAUUAUGCAGAUAUAUUUAAGGAUGAUAUUAAAAAUGAAAAAGAGUAA